CCUCUCUGCAACUUCCAUGGCAAUUAUACCCAUCAACUCAUCCAACUUGGAUCUCUCCAUUUCCAUGCCCGGCUCCUCCCCGUCUCGUCCUCCUUUCGUGGGUGGCUGUGCAGUGCGAGAAUUCGACAUGAAUCGGUUGCCGGAGGUGGGAGACGGCGAGGAGGAGUGGGCGGAGGAAGAAGAAGAAAGCUACAUUAAUGACUGUAAGCCAAGGAAAAAGCUUCGUCUAUCAAAAGAUCAGUCUCGGCUUCUUGAAGAAAGCUUUAGGCUCAAUCAUACAUUAAACCCAAAGCAGAAGGAAGCUUUGGCUAUGGAGUUGAAGCUGAAGCCAAGGCAAGUUGAAGUCUGGUUUCAGAAUCGUAGGGCCAGGAGCAAGCUGAAGCAAACUGAGAGGGAAUGUGAGUAUUUGAAGAGAUGGUUUGGAUCAUUGACGGAGCAAAACCGCCGUCUCCGGCAGGAGCUGGAGGAGCUGAGAGCCAUGAAGGUUGCUCCGACUGCGGUCGUCUCAGCUCACGGUCGACAGCCGCCCCUCCCAAUUUCUGCAAUAACCAUGUGUCCCCGAUGUGAGCGCAUGAGUGCAUCCACUAUAACAUAUAGUAAGGGUGCGAGCAGCGCCAGCACAAUGCCACCGGAAGCAUUUCUGUCCGCCCUCAAACUGCGGCAGCCGUCGUGAGCUUGAUGAUCAGUGUAACAGAAAGGCCUGAAUUGAUGAAUAAUAAUAAAAUUAAGGUUAGAAAAUGAACGUAGGCUUAUCUGUU